AUGUCCCUCCUGCUGAAGCAGAGAAAGUUUCUCUACCACUUCAAAAACGUCCGCUGGGCCAAGGGUCGGCACGAGACCUACCUGUGCUAUGUGGUGAAGCGGCGGGACAGCGCCACCUCCUUCUCAUUGGACUUUGGUCACCUUCGCAACAAGUCCGGUUGCCACGUGGAACUGCUGUUCCUCCGCUACAUCUCGGAUUGGGACUUGGACCCUGGACGCUGCUACCGUGUCACCUGGUUCACGUCCUGGAGCCCCUGCUAUGACUGUGCCCGGCAUGUGGCGGACUUCCUCAGAGGAUACCCUAACCUCACCCUGAGGAUCUUCACCGCCCGCCUUUACUUCUGCGAGGACCGCAAGGCUGAGCCAGAGGGCCUGCGGCGGCUGCACCGUGCAGGGGUCCAAAUCGCCAUCAUGACGUUCAAAGAUUAUUUUUAUUGCUGGAACACCUUUGUGGAAAAUCGUGAAAGGACAUUCAAGGCCUGGGAGGGACUGCAUGAAAAUUCAGUUAGACUCUCCAGACAGCUUCGACGAAUUCUUUUGCCCCUGUAUGAAGUUGAUGACUUACGAGAUGCAUUUCACAUGUUGGGACUUUGA